AGCUGCUACUAUAUAUACAUACAAACCGUGCAUGCAAACAACAGAACACAAGAACAUAACAGUCUUCACGAAAUCAGACAUGGGUUUGAGAACAGGAUUAUGCUGUGCUCUGCUACUGGUGACGCUGCUGCCUCUUUCAGCUAAUGCGUCGAGCAAACUCUACAUAGUGUAUAUGGGGGAUAAGAAACAUGACGAUCCAUCUGUGGUCACCGCGUCACACCAUGACGUACUGACCUCUGUUCUUGGGAGCAAGGAUGAAGCCGUGAAGUCGAUAGUUUACAGUUACAAGCACGGGUUUUCUGGGUUCGCUGCAAUGCUGACUGAAUCUCAAGCCGAGACACUAGCAAAAUUCCCUGAAGUCGUCACCGUGAAGCCAAACACUUUUCAUGAAGAGCACACAACUCGGAGCUGGGAUUUCCUUGGCGUUGACAACUACCAAUCACCUCAGCAAUCGGGACUCCUCCAAAAAUCAAAGUACGGUGAAGAUGUAAUCGUCGGUGUCAUCGAUUCAGGCAUAUGGCCUGAAUCACGAAGCUUUGACGAUAAUGGGUAUGGUCCUGUGCCGGCACGGUGGAAAGGGAAGUGCCAGACCGGCCAGGCGUUCAACGCCACGAGUUGCAACAGAAAGAUCAUCGGCGCGCGGUGGUACGGCCGUGGCAUCGAUGCUGAGGUGCUCAAGAAGAACUAUAACUCGCCGAGGGACCUCAGCGGCCACGGCACGCAUGUCGCCUCGACUAUCGCCGGCGUGGAGGUGGGAGGCGUGAGCUACGGGGGCCUAGGCACCGGCGUGGCACGUGGUGGGGCGCCGCGUGCGCGACUGGGUAUCUACAAGGUGUGUUGGGUGGGCGGGAGUUGCCCUGACGCAGCGAUCCUCGCGGCCAUCGACGAUGCUAUACACGACGGCGUGGACAUCUUGUCGCUCUCGGUGGGAGCGGCCAGUCAUGAGAUACCCGGGACGUUACAUGCUGUGCAGAGAGGGAUCUCGGUCGUGUUCGCCGGUGGUAACGAUGGCCCUGUGCCGCAGACGGUGACGAAUGCUGUGCCGUGGGUCACCACGGUGGCUGCUAGCACGAUUGACCGGGCUUUCCCCACUCUGAUAUCACUCGGGAACAAAGAAAAGUUGGUGGGGCAAUCUCUUCAGUAUAAUGCAUCUGCGAUCAGCAGCGACUUUAAGGACCUUGUUUAUGCGGGGAGCUGCGACGCGGAGUCAGUGGCAUCGAGCAACGUCACCGGCAAAAUCGUCCUGUGCUAUGCACCAGCGAAUGCGAAAUCCACGCCGCCCCGGGUAGCACUUCCGAAUGCCAUCAAUCUUACCGUCACUGCCGGUGCAAAGGGCCUCAUCUUUGCACAGUACACUUCCAACCUCCUCGAUAUCCUGGCUAGAUGCGAAGGCAUUAUGCCAUGCGUUCUGGUGGAUUUUGAGAUCGCACAAAGACUUUGGUCGUAUUGGGACAUCACAGGGAAUCCGGUGGUGAAAGUCUCGCCCACCAUAACCGUUGUUGGAAACGGGGUGCUGUCGCCGAGGGUUGCCUCAUUCUCGUCGAGAGGGCCAAGCCCCCUGUUCCCGGGCAUACUCAAGCCUGAUGUGACUGCACCUGGAGUCAGCAUCUUGGCAGCCGAGCGUGGCUCCUAUGUGUUCAAAUCCGGCACAUCCAUGGCGUGCCCACAUGUCUCAGCGAUCACCGCGCUGCUCAAGUCGGUUCAUCCUGAUUGGUCGCCUGCCAUGAUCAAGUCCGCCAUUGUCACCACAGCCUCAGUGACCGAUCGUUUUGGUAUGCCGAUCCAAGCAGAUAGUGUUCCGAGGAAACUAGCUGACCCCUUCGACUUUGGGGGUGGCCACAUGAACCCGGACAAGGCUGUCGACCCUGGCUUGGUUUACGACGUGGAUGUGAAGGAGUACAACAAAUUCUUCAAUUGUACCAUUGGGUUGUUAGAUGGUUGCGAGUCCCACCAACUCAACCUUAACAUGCCAUCAAUCGCCGUGCCGGACCUCAAGAACCAGGUCACCGUGUGGCGCACUGUCACAAAUGUCGGUCCAGUGGAAGCAACUUACCGAGCAGUUGUUGAAGCUCCGGCGGGGGUAGACGUGUCCGUGGAGCCAUCCGUGAUCAGUUUCAGCGCAGGUGGUAGUAGAAGCGUGACAUUUAGCCUAACGUUUACGGCUAAGCAAAGAGUGCAAGGUGGGUACACAUUUGGGAGUCUGACGUGGGCUGACCAAAGCGGGUACUCGGUGAGAGUUCCUAUUGCUGUACGAACUGUGGUACAAGACUUCGUCGCAGAUACAUCUUAAAUUCAUCGGUUCUCUUCCCUCAUUUGCAUAUUUGUCUAAGAUAAGACUUGGCAAACAACUGAAAUUGUAUUUAUUUGUUAGUAUUGUUAUUAGGAAAUGUUCUAGAUAAUACAGUUCACGAGUAUAUAUUUUUCUCAAGAGAGUGUUUUUUUA